GGAAACUGGGCCCAGAACCUGCAAGGCAGGAAAGAAGAGCCAGAUCAAGUUCAGAAGCUCAGAUCAGAAUGCCAGAUCCAGGGACCAGGGCAGCAAAUCCAGACUGAUAUUGUGGUCAUGAACAGAUCAAGGAGAACAAGCACAAAACCAUGCUGGAGCUGCCCGUAGCUCUUACUGCAAGCUAAGAAAACCUUUCUGGAGGGAGGAGGCUCCACAUAAUUGGCAUGGCUCCGCCAAGAAGCAAGCAGUCCAGAUUUGUCCUGUGAAUCCCUGUCCCUUCUGUUAGAACUUGGUGCUUUUUCUACUGCCAGCCACCAGGACCUUCUCUCAGGAGAAGUUGAAGUUGGGUGACUUCUGCAGAGAGCUUGAGCCCAGGGUGGUCCAGAAAUGCCAGGUGUUUGGUUUGUUUUCUGGGUUUGACAAGAUAUAUUUAUGCCCCAUGCUCAUAACCAAGAUAGAACAUUCCUUCUGAUCCCUGACUCACAGCAGAAGGUCCAGAUCUGGAAGGCUCAGAGAGCAUCAGAACUGGGGUCAAAUCUCGAUAUUCCUGGAGGAGUAUCCUACCUUCAAGCAGUCUUUGAAGAACAGAACAAGGCGCAGGGUGUCCUAGAACAGCUCAGCAGCACUGAGGAUUAUUGGAGAUUUCAUUUGAUGUGAGAACCACACGUACAAGAGGCUUGCUGGAAACAUGGACCUCAGUGAAACGUGGCCUUUGGAGGAAGGAACCUGGUUGUCUCAUGCUGGAAUUCAUCAUUUUGCCACCACCAGAGCGGAUAUAGACAACCUCAACUCAUUCUCACAACUUUAUUUUCAUUUGAUGAAUGAAGAAAUUGAACCAGAGAAGGCUGAGAAAUUUGUGCAAGGCCAUUCAGCUGACAAUGAAUUUGUGGAAGCCUCUCCCGCGCCCUACAAUCCGGAAGAGUUAGGUCCUCCUCCUGCUUGCUACAGUCCCAAUAGUCCUGCCCAGAUUCUGGAAGACCCCAACUACUUUUUCCCAGACUUUCCACUCUAUUCUGGGAGGCAUGAAGCAUCUGCCUUGACGGUGGAGCCAAACGGUACCAUCAGGGAAAAAGUUGCGGAGGACCCUCUUUGUAACUUCCACUCCCCAAACUUCCUGAGGAUCUCAGAGGUGGAAAUGAGAGGUUCCGAGGAUGCGGCAGCUGGAACAGUAUUACAGCGGCUGAUCCAGGAACAACUGCGGUAUGGCACCCCGACCGAGAACAUGAACUUGCUGGCCAUUCAGCACCAGGCCACAGGGAGUGCAGGACCAGCCCACCCUACAAACAACUUUUCUUCCACGGAAAACCUCACUCAAGAAGACCCACAAAUGGUCUACCAGUCGGCACGCCAGGAACCGCAGGGUCAAGAACACCAGGUGGACAAUACGGUGAUGGAGAAACAGGUCCGGUCCACGCAGCCUCAGCAGAACAACGAGGAACUGCCCACUUACGAGGAGGCCAAAGCACAGUCCCAGUUCUUUCGGGGUCAGCAGCAGCAGCAACAGCAGCAGCAGGGGGCUGUAGGUCAUGGUUACUACAUGGCUGGGGGCACCAGUCAGAAGUCCCGGACUGAGGGGAGGCCCACGGUGAACCGUGCCAACAGUGGGCAGGCGCACAAGGACGAGGCGCUGAAAGAACUGAAGCAGGGCCACGUCCGCUCUCUCAGUGAGAGAAUCAUGCAGUUGUCAUUGGAGAGGAAUGGUGCUAAGCAACACCUCCCUGGCUCAGGGAAUGGCAAGGGGUUCAAGGCAGGAGGGGGACCCUCCCCAGCCCAGCCUGCAGGUAAAGUGCUGGAUCCCCGCGGUCCUCCACCCGAGUACCCCUUCAAGACCAAGCAAAUGAUGUCCCCGGUCAGCAAGACCCAGGAGCAUGGACUUUUCUACAGCGACCAGCACCCUGGGAUGCUCCACGAGAUGGUCAAGCCGUACCCUGCCCCUCAGCCUGCGAGAACAGAAGUGGCCGUUCUGAGGUACCAGCCGCCCCCAGAGUAUGGGGUAACAAGCCGCCCAUGCCAACUUCCUUUCCCGUCAACAGUGCAGCAGCACAGCCCGAUGUCCUCCCAGAACUCCUCCGUCAGUGGGCCUCUGCACUCCACCUCCUUGCCGCUCCCACUUCCGGUGACCCUGGCAGCGCCCCAGCCCCCACCUGCCGCCUCCCCCAGCCAGCAGCUUGGUCCAGAUGCAUUUGCGAUUGUGGAGCGAGCUCAGCAGAUGGUAGAGAUACUAACAGAGGAGAACCGGGCGCUUCACCAAGAACUUCAGGGUUACUAUGACAAUGCUGACAAGCUGCACAAGUUUGAAAAAGAACUUCAGAGAAUUUCGGAAGCCUAUGAGAGUCUGGUCAAGUCUACCACCAAGCGAGAGUCACUGGACAAGGCGAUGAGAAACAAACUGGAGGGAGAGAUUCGGAGACUUCAUGAUUUCAACAGAGACCUCCGAGAUCGACUGGAGACUGCCAACAGGCAGCUGUCCAGCAGGGAGUAUGACGGGCACGAAGACAGAGCUGUGGAGGGCCUUUAUGCUUCCCAGAACAAAGAAUUCUUGAAGGAAAAAGAGAAGUUAGAAAUGGAGUUAGCAGCAGUGAGGACUGCAAGUGAGGACCACCGGAGACACAUUGAAAUCCUGGACCAGGCUCUGAGCAAUGCCCAGGCCCGGGUCAUCAAGCUGGAAGAGGAGUUACGAGAGAAACAAGCCUAUGUGGAGAAAGUUGAGAAGCUGCAGCAGGCCCUGACCCAGCUGCAGUCUGCGUGUGAGAAGCGAGAGCAGAUGGAGCGGAGACUUCGGACCUGGCUGGAGAGAGAGCUGGAUGCCCUGAGAACUCAGCAGAAACAUGGAAACAGCCCACCAGCCAGCAUGCCGGAAUACAACGCCCCUGCCCUUAUGGAACUCGUGAGGGAGAAGGAGGAACGAAUCCUGGCCCUGGAGGCUGACAUGACCAAGUGGGAGCAGAAGUAUCUGGAGGAGAGCACCAUCCGGCACUUUGCCAUGAACGCCGCAGCCACUGCUGCCGCCGAGAGGGACACCACGAUCAUCAACCACUCGAGGAACGGCAGCUACGGCGAAGGCUCACUGGAGGCCCACAUCUGGCAGGAGGAGGAGGAGGUGGUGCAGGCCACCAGGAGGUGUCAGGACAUGGAAUACACCAUUAAAAACCUCCAUGCCAAAAUCAUAGAGAAGGAUGCCAUGAUUAAGGUCCUUCAGCAGCGAUCCCGUAAAGAUGCCGGGAAGACGGACUCCUCGAGCCUGCGGCCAGCCCGCUCUGUCCCUUCCAUUGCCGCGGCCACCGGGACACACUCCCGCCAGACCUCUCUCACCAGCAGCCAGUUAGCUGAGGAGAAGAAGGAAGAGAGGACCUGGAAGGGGAGCAUAGGGCUGCUGCUGGGGAAGGAGAACCAUGAACACGCUUCUACCCCCGUCCUGCCCACCCCAUCUGCUGCCGCACUGUCCCCCACAGUGUCCGCCACAUCGGCCAGCAGCGCCCACGCUAAGACGGGCAGCAAGGACAGCAGCACCCAGACGGACAAGAGCACUGAACUCUUCUGGCCCAACAUGGCCUCCUUGCCCAACCGCGGCAGGCUGGGCGUGACCCCUUCCAACAGCCCAGUCCUGAAACACCCAGCAGCCAAAGGGACAGCAGAGAAACUGGAGAACUCUCCUGGCCACGGGAAGUCACCAGACCACAAAGGCCGAGGCAGCAGCCUGCUCCACAAGCCCGAGUUCCCCGACGGGGAGAUGAUGGAAGUCCUCAUCUAAUGCUGGCAUCCGUGUUGAGUUUUGCAACAGACAUUGACAAACAAACAAGGAAUGUGUCAAAGAGGGAGCAGAAUGAUCAGGAAGGUUGUUGAUGGAAAAUCAGGAAUGAUUGGAACUGAUAAAGAUGUCAGAUUAGUGAGAACACUUUUUAUAAAUGUUAAAAAAAAAAUCAGGAGACCUACCUGAAUGAAGAUGAAGAGAAUGCCAUGGAUUUUUAUUGCAUAUGGUGGAAGAGAGACGACGCAUGUAGGUUUGGAAACAAAGGAGAAAUGGGAAAUGGAAUUUUUCAUUGUACAGAAAAUGUAUCUCGUGGAGAGGGUCUGUGUACACCCAUUUUCUGGUUAUAAACAGAUAAACCCGAACACGAAUCUUCCUUGCAAUGUCCCCAUUCUCCUUGCCUCUUAGCAUCUUUGUUUCAGAAGAACCUCCUAGAAAUCCCUAGAGCCCACCCGGGGAAUUAAUGUAAUAUUACCUCUGCCAUCCGCAGGGUGUCCUCGGAAUGUGUGUGGGUGUGACAAUGAGCUGAAAUGUCAAGGGGUGACAGGAAGUUUAAAAUACGGUCCUCAUCUAAUUACCUGCUUGGUUUGGAUUUUUCAGGAGAUAAUGGGGCUUAGCUUUUGUGGGCUCGGCAGUAUUUUCUGCACAGAAUGGGAGCAUUAUGGUCGUGAUGCUCAUCCUUCCCAGCUUCCCUGACUGCAUCUCUGUUUUUGCUUCAUUUUCUUCCAUUUUAUUCUUUCUUCCCCUUCAUUUUUUUUAAAUUUUAAAAUAAGACAUGGCAGAAGAGGUCCAGUAUUUAUUAAAGCAGUAUCUGAACUGUCACCGUUCUUGCUGUGUUUAACAGUGCGGGUGGGAUGAAGCCGUAGGCUGGCUUCCCGCCUGCUUCCUUGGGCUGCAGCUGUUCGCCCCACUCCGCCUGCGCUAGGGAAGCUUUGACGAGGCGGAAGGCCCAUGCCACUGUGACACGCUGCGUUAACCUCAUGGCCCUGGCUUUUUUCUCUCGCGCAUGAGCUCUUUUGCACGGGGUUGGGUAUUUUCACUCCGUUGCUCUCUUGGGGUGAGACGUUCAGGGCAGCGCUCCAGGAACGAAUGACACUUGACCUGGUGGCAUCCAGAAUCUCACCGCGCACCUGGUACACUUUCUCAUAUUGUGGUUCUGGAGCACAUCCCCCACUCUCCCCGCCCCCUCACACCUCUCUGUUUGCUGUUGAUGAGCAUGCAGACUUUCGUGACUGUCAGCUCACAUGUGUUAAGUGUUUGUCUGUCGUGAACUUGCUUUGUAACCUAACAGGCCAGUAUACAUACAGUUUGGUCUGAUUUUUUCAAGAUUUCAGCUUAGGGCAAGUUAUCCAAAGUAAAAUGAAAAUACCAUGUUAAAGAGCUAGGAGUGAGGGAGGCAGCGGGCCCCUGUGUGUGCCGGUGCACGUCUGAUUCCUCAGACGAGAGGCCUUCCUCACAAACCCAGGAGACACUGGGUCAGAAAAGAGGAGCAGGGGUCCGGCGGUCAGAAGUUUUUGCAGCGCCCUGAUGUUUCUCCCGCCCCAGGCCAGCUGGAUGCGUGUUAUUCCAGGUCACUUUCCUCACGUUGCUUCAGGAAAGAAGGAGAGCCCUGGCUCCAAAUGAAGCCUCCCCUAAAGGAAGCCCGAGGACGACACUGCCCAGGAAAUGUUGCUUAGGCAGCUUAUGUUAGGGUUGGUCUUAGGGUGUAACCUGGUGGAGUUAGAGCCUCCCCAAAUUGAAGAGUUUGAAGGAUAACAGAAACAUAGGCUACAGUGGGCGAAAACCAAUGCUUUGCCCAGAGGGGCCUCAGCGGUCCGGUGUGACAAAGUAAGCCGAACUGACUGUCCCAAGCAGCUCUGUGGUGGACACUGAGCCUUGUGCAUCGUGUUUGUCAGCUCCUUCGGUCCCAGGCUAAGCGUCACUGAAUAUUGUGCAGCCUGGGAAAGCGGAGCAGCUCUGGGGCAAGGAGCUCCCUAAAUGCCCUGGGGUGGUGGGGGGAGCCCGGAGGCCCCACUAGUGAAGAAGCGGUUGCUAUGCACGGGACAGAGGGUCCCCAUUCCAAUCUCUGUUCUCAUCGCUUUUUGUGAGUGAUGAAGUUCAGUAGGUGGCUCCCCUCCACCCCCGCCCGUGCCUGGGCCACCCCAAACUUGGGCUGUCUCCCCUAGAAGUGGGUGAGAGCUAGUGCCACAGCCCAGCUUCCCCCAGACCUCGCCUUUGUGCCCUGGCAACCCCCACUGGCACCCUCCCGCACCGGGCGGUGCGCUCCUCCGUCCCCGAAUUGCCAGGCGUGUUAAUCGUCGGAGUGCAAGCACGGACGUCACCUGUUUCAGUGCUGCUGUGGUCUUUGUCAGUCCUUUUUCCUUCUAACCCGCUAAGACUCUUCUGUAAGAAAGGGGAUCUAUAGCUUUAAAAACUCUUCUUUUAUGGGAGAUUUUCUGCCAAGCUAGGGCCCCUGAUGCUUCCUAUUGGUCCUGCCUUGAAGCCUUGCUUGCAUGUAAGGGAAAGGGGUUGCCAAGCCUGAGCACCCACUCUGCAUUCUGGGCAGUUUACAGCAGAUGAUCUCAUGUGAUUUUCAGAAGAAAUAAUAGUAGUUCCACUUUUCAGUGCUGUGUGCAAGCACUUUGGUAAGCACCUUUUAAUGAAUCCUCCAGACACCUGGAAGCAGGGGCACGUUGACUCCAUUGCACAGGAGGAAACUGGGGCUAAGGGAGGUUAGGUCACUUCCCGAAGGCUCGCAGCCAGGAGGAGCCGGGAUCUGACCACAGGUUGGAGAGGAGCUGGGCUGCCUCUGACACGGGGCUAGUGAUGUGAUGUGAUGUGAUGUCUUUCGGUGCCCCGCCCUGGCCCGCUCCCUCCUCCCCGCCCCCCACCGGCGAUGUGUGUGCGUGCACACAGCUGCCCCACUCUCAGGAACUAAGAAGUAGGACUAGGCCCAGAGCUCCUAGAAUUGCUCAUAAACGCCAGGCAUAGAUGGAAAUCUUUGUAUUCCGUUAUAAGCACAGCCACAAGUCCAUCUAAAAAAACACUUGCGCGUUAUCCAGAGGCCUGGCCUUCUUCUGAAGUUCCUGGUGGUGUCUGAUUAUGGAACUUGCAGGUCUUAUCAGCAGGAAAGGUAGAGGCUUUGGCUUUGUGUGAAGGCAUGUCAGAGGAAUUCUGCUUCCUUCUCAGAUGUGCUGUCAGGCAGCUUCUGUGUGCUGCCUAGGGACUGGGAGGUGUCGCUCGAUUCCAGCAACUAAUUUCAGCACAUGUGCAUUUUCUUCUCUGAUUUUCUUCUGCUUCCCCGAGGUUGGCAGCUAAGGAUGGUGUUGAGUUCUGCCUGUUCCAAGCAGGCAUGCAGGACAGGGCUGCCACGUCCCUCCCAGGGCUCUGGUUGGAGGGCAGAGAGUAGGGUUCCUCCUCUCCUCAGUCCUGCAGGGCUCGCUCUUUGGAGUUUGCCGUGAACCUGACUGCAUGGGGUUGGGCUGGAUACCGAGACAGUCGCUCCAGAUGAAUUGUGAACUUGAACAGUUUGGUGAUGGUGUUGCUCAGGGAAGAGGCUGUCAGGACGACCUUGCAGGGAAGCCCAUCCGUGCUAUUUGUUCUCUUCGCGGCAGCAUUGGCCCUGAGCCGCCUGUGUCCUCGGGAGCAGCGGGCUGAUGGACUGAGGAGUUCCCGCUGUGCAGUGCCCUCUGAGUCCUGGAGACUGGUGAACACGGGUGUCAGGUGAGGCUGGGUUCCCAGGAGGAAUAAAGAACAGAUUGGGGUUUAGAAGGUUUCCAGGCAGAGAGCUCCUGCUUAUACUGCGGGGAGCUAUGCUGGCAACAGAGGUGCGCUUUCUAAAACCAAAGUCCUGCCCGCGUCUGCACGGGCGCCAGUGGAGCGUGUUUUCCGUGUGCUACAAACGGCGCCGCGCUCCUGAGCACAGGCACACCGCGGUCAUGGUGAGCGUGCGCCCGCGGACGUCCCUCAGCGGUCACGGCUUUACGUAGCCGGAGAGCAUCCUGCCCACAGUGGGCUUCACAUCCCUAAACCUGAGGGAUAUGCUCUAUAAAUGUUGGUCUUCUUGCCUCUUUUCUGGUUAAUUCGUCAGUGUGUUUCAAAUGUCUUCAUUUAGUGUGAGCGGUGCUGAAUGGGUUUGCCUCUGAUGUGUGGCUCGGUGGGAGAUGAGCAGAGUAAUUAAGAUGUUCCCAGAAGCUGAUCAGCUGGGAGGGUGUAAAGAACAGCAUUUCAGUAAAGAGAUUUCUUCUGGAACUAAUUAAUGAGCAGUGUUUUUCUCUUCCUUGAAGUAGCAUACCCUUUUCCUGUUUGGUAAUUUAAUGGUGUAUAAAGAUGUGUGUAUGUAGCUGCAUACAUGUGAGGUAGGACUAUAAUGCUGUGUGGCGAGUUCCUUUUCUGAAUAUCCAGGAGACCCAAGUGUUUCAUCUUACUUCCUUCCUCAAAAGGGGACCCUUUGGGAGACUCUAUACUGAUCACUGCAGGGCCACCUGAGUAGAAACAUUCUGCAAACGCCUCCAUCAGAACGGCCUUUGGGGCCUAGCAUGUGCAUUUGAUUAUUCUUAGACAUGAGAAAUCUUCAUCCUUGAAGAGGGACUUAAGUUUGGAAAUAAUGCCAAGUCAUUCUCUCAGUUGGAUAAAUUAAGAUGUGUGAUGAGGUCACCCCGUUUUAGCUUUAAAAACAAACAAAAACCCUAAGAUGUUCCUUGGAGUCUUUGGACUCCACGAGCCUCUCAAAGUGACCACUUCUAAGGGAGACAGUCGUCAUGAGUACAUGUAACUUCUAGUGAAUUCCUUGUAAACUGUUCUCGUGCCAUGCCUUGUAUGUGUUCACAUCUCUGCACACCCCCCGGGUGUAAGUGCAUAUUCAUUAGUGUACACCCAGUAGGUACCCUGCAAAGCCCUGUUAUGCUUAGUGCAUGUUAUUGUCAUGUUAUGCUCUGAGUGAGGUGUUCGUCAUGAAACUUGGCUUCGUUGCAGAAUUAAAAUAUGUUCUCAAUAUAAUGAAGUACAUAUACGACAUUUUCUUGUAUCAGCUGCAGAAGCUUUGAUGCCCAGUGGUGUGUUUACAUGUGAUUUUGCCUAGGACUCUGUUCACAUAUAGACACCUGUGAGUAUUUAUUACAAAACGGAACGUAAGCGAUUUACCCACAGUGGUUUUCUUUGAGUUACGGUGUUCUUCCCCUUCGAGGAGUGACAGGAACCUCCUCCUCCGCGAGGCACUUACAGAAUCUGUGCGAUUCUGGGAACGAGGGCAGGUGCCUGCAGUGACCUCAGCCAGAACCCAGACGGCGCUGGAGCCGCCUGCCAUGUGUGCUGCUUUGCUUGGCGGCCCCUGCUGUGUGCUCCCCGGCGGCCUCUGGUGUCACAUUGGGGCAUCUUAGUCUGCUGGUCUGUACUGAAGGGUGUACAGAGCUGCACAGGUGGAUGGAUCUGUGUACAGAGUCAGGAGAGUCCAAGAGCACCAUGUGUCCCCCGAAAAUACCGAUACUGUUGGUCAGCCAAAGAUUUUCCUCUUCUUUGCUGCUUAAACUUGUGCCUUAAUAUUGUAUAUAAUAAAUGGAUAAUAUAGCUCUUCUUUCCCUCAUGCUUGCUCUUUUCUUUUCC